GAGAGACGGUGAAACGGCACAGCACAUGAAUCAAAUGGACCAAACAAAAUUCUGCUGUUCAGUCUGUUUGGAUCUACUGAAGGAUCCGGUGACUAUUCCCUGUGGACACAGCUACUGCAUGGACUGUAUUAAAAGCUUCUGGGAUGAAGAGGAAAAGAAGAAAAUCUACAGCUGCCCUCAGUGCAGACAGACUUUCACAGCGAGGCCUGUCCUGGUGAAAAACACCAUGUUAGCAGAUUUAGUGGAGGAGCUGAAGAAGACUGGACUCCAAGCUGCUCCUGCUGAUCACUGCUAUGCUGGACCUGAAGAUGUGGCCUGUGAUGUCUGCACUGGAAGAAAAAUGAAAGCCUUCAAGUCCUGUUUAGUCUGUCUGGCAUCUUACUGUGAGAAACACCUUCAGCCUCAUUAUGAUGUUGCUCAAUUAAAGAAACACAAGCUGGUGGAGCCCUCCAAGAAGCUCCAGGAGAACAUCUGCUCUCGUCAUGAUGAGGUGAUGAAGAUGUUCUGCCGUACUGAUCAGCAGAGUAUCUGUUAUCUCUGCUCUGUGGAUGAACAUAAAGGCCACGACACAGUCUCAGCUGCAGCAGAAAGGACUGAGAGGCAGAGAGAGCUGGAGGUGAGUCGACAAAACAUCCAGCAGAGAAUCCAGGACAGAGAGAAAGAUGUGGAGCUGCUUCAACAGGAGGUGGAGGCCAUCAAUCAGUCUGCUGAUCAAACAGUGGAGCACAGUGAGAAGAUCUUCACUGAGCUGAUCCAUCUCAUCCAGAAAAGAAGCUCUGAUGUGAAGCAGCAGAUCAGAUCCCAGCAGGAAACUGAAGUGAGUCGAGUCAAAGAGCUUGAGGAGAAGCUGGAGCAGGAGAUCACUGAGCUGAAGAGGAAAGAUGCUGAGCUGAAGCAGCUCUCACACACAGAGGAUCACAUCCAGUUUCUACACAACUACCCCUCACUGUCAGCACUCAGUGAGUCUACAGACUCAUCCAGCAUCAAUAUCCGUCCUCUGAGCUACUUUGAGGAUGUGACAGCAGCUGUGUCAGAGGUCAGAGAUAAACUACAGGACAUUCUGAGAGAGGAAUGGACAAACAUCUCACUGACAGUCACUGAAGUGGAUGUUUUACUGUCAGAUCCACCAGAGCCAAAGACCAGAGCUGGAUUCUUAAAAUAUUCAUGUGAAAUCACACUGGAUCCAAACACAGCACACAAAGAGCUGUUAUUAUCAGAGGGGAACAGAAAAGUAAGAGUUAUGAAUGAACAACAGUCUUAUUCUGAUCAUCCAGACAGAUUUACUCAAUGGCAGCAGGUCCUGAGUAGAGAGAGUCUGACUGGACGUUGUUACUGGGAGGUGGAGUGGAGAGGGGGAGGAGUUCGAGUAGCAGUCGCAUACAAGAAUAUCAGCAAAAAAGGAGGGGGUAAAGAAUGUGGAUUUGGACGUAAUGACAAAUCUUGGGCAUUAGAUUGUUACAACAACAGUUAUACAUUUUUGUACAACAACAUCCAAACUCAUGUCUCAGGUCCUCGUUCCUCCAGAGUAGGAGUGUACCUGGAUCACAGAGCAGGUAUUUUGUCCUUCUACAGCGUCUCUGAAACCAUGACUCUCCUCCACAGAGUCCAGACCACAUUCACUCAGCCGCUCUAUGCUGGACUGAGGUUUUAUUAUAAUUAUGGAGACACUGCUGAGUUGAUUAAAUUUGCUGAGAUCACCAACAUUGCAGUUGCCAAACCACACGGAGAUGCAGCUGGCCAGAACAGGUGUCCUGUAGAGCGUGGUGAGGAUAGCAGGAAUGAGGUUGGCCCGCUUCAGGCGUCUCAGGAAGUAGAGACGCUGCUGGGCCUUUUUUUGGUGAUGGGGGUGGUGUUGGUGGUCCAGUCACUGAGAGACGGUGAAACGGCACAGCACAUGAAUCAAAUGGACCAAACAAAAUUCUGCUGUUCAAUCUGUUUGGAUCUACUGAAGGAUCCGGUGACUAUUCCCUGUGGACACAGCUACUGCAUGAACUGUAUUAAAAGCUUCUGGGAUGAAGAGGAAAAGAAGAAAAUCUACAGCUGCCCUCAGUGCAGACAGACUUUCACAGCGAGGCCUGUCCUGGUGAAAAACACCAUGUUAGCAGAUUUAGUGGAGGAGCUGAAGAAGACUGGACUCCAAGCUGCUCCUGCUGAUCACUGCUAUGCUGGACCUGAAGAUGUGGCCUGUGAUGUCUGCACUGGAAGAAAAAUGAAAGCCUUCAAGUCCUGUUUAUUCUGUCUGGCAUCUUACUGUGAGAAACACCUUCAGCCUCAUUAUGAUUCACCUACAUUUAAGAAACACAAGCUGGUGGAGCCCUCCAAGAAGCUCCAGGAGAACAUCUGCUCUCGUCAUGAUGAGGUGAUGAAGAUGUUCUGCCGUACUGAUCAGCAGAGUAUCUGUUAUCUCUGCUCUGUGGAUGAACAUAAAGGCCACGACACAGUCUCAGCUGCAGCAGAAAGGACUGAGAGGCAGAGAGAGCUGGAGGUGAGUCGACAAAACAUCCAGCAGAGAAUCCAGGACAGAGAGAAAGAUGUGAAGCUGCUUCAACAGGAGGUGGAGGCCAUCAAUCAGUCUGCUGAUCAAACAGUGGAGCACAGUGAGAAGAUCUUCACUGAGCUGAUCCAUCUCAUCCAGAAAAGAAGCUCUGAUGUGAAGCAGCAGAUCAGAUCCCAGCAGGAAACUGAAGUGAGUCGAGUCAAAGAGCUUCAGGAGAAGCUGGAGCAGGAGAUCACUGAGCUGAAGAGGAAAGAUGCUGAGCUGAAGCAGCUCUCACACACAGAGGAUCACAUCCAGUUUCUACACAACUACCCCUCACUGUCAGCACUCAGUGAGUCUACAGACUCAUCCAGCAUCAAUAUCCGUCCUCUGAGCUACUUUGAGGAUGUGACAGCAGCUGUGUCAGAGGUCAGAGAUAAACUACAGGACAUUCUGAGAGAGGAAUGGACAAACAUCUCACUGACAGUCACUGAAGUGGAUGUUUUACUGUCAGAUCCACCAGAGCCAAAGACCAGAGCUGAAUUCUUAAGAUAUUCAUGUGAAAUCACACUGGAUCCAAACACAGCACACAAACAGCUGUUAUUAUCAGAGGGGAACAGAAAAGCAACAGCAGUGAAUCAAAAACAGUUUUAUUCUGAUCAUCCAGACAGAUUCACUGACAGGUCUCAGGUCCUGAGUAGAGAGAGUCUGACUGGACGUUGUUACUGGGAGGUGGAGUGGAGAGUGGGAGGAGUUUCUGUAGCAGUCACAUACAAGAAUAUCAGCAGAAAAGGAGGGUAUUAUGAAUGUGGAUUUGGAGGUAAUGACAAAUCUUGGGCAUUACAUUGUGAAAACGACAGUUAUACAUUUCGGCACAACAACAUUAAAACUCGUGUCUCAGGUCCUCGUUCCUCCAGAGUAGGAGUGUACCUGGAUCACAGAGCAGGUAUUUUGUCCUUCUACAGCGUCUCUGAAACCAUGACUCUCCUCCACAGAGUCCAGACCACAUUCACUCAGCCGCUCUAUGCUGGAUUUUGGUUUCAUAAUUAUGGAGACUCUGCUGAGUUGAUUAAAGUGAAAUAGACUGAAGUCUUUCAUAUUGUGGGUUUAAAUCUGUAUUUGAGUUUCAUUUUAUUUUCUCUCCAUCAUUUCUGCACAGAGAUCAGCUGUCAGUCAAACAUUAUGGGUGGUACCUCCACAUCUUCUAGUUGUUCUCUUGAUGUUUCUGAGUUUUUAAAGGAGAUCUUUCCUGUGACUGUUUAUGGAGGCUAUCACUGCUCAUCAUCAUUUUGA